GCGGCGGCGGCGGCGGCGAGCCGGCAGGCGGGCGGGCGGGCGAGCACCCUGGCCGGCGGGGCCCGCAGCGCGCCCCGCGUCCCAUGGAUAUAGCAACAGGUCCCGAAUCGCUGGAGAGGUGCUUCCCCCGCGGGCAGACGGACUGCGCUAAGAUGUUGGACGGCAUCAAGAUGGAGGAGCACGCCCUGCGCCCCGGGCCCGCCACUCUGGGGGUGCUGCUGGGCUCCGACUGCCCGCAUCCCGCCGUCUGCGAGGGCUGCCAGCGGCCCAUCUCCGACCGCUUCCUGAUGCGAGUCAACGAGUCGUCCUGGCACGAGGAGUGUUUGCAGUGCGCGGCGUGUCAGCAAGCCCUCACCACCAGCUGCUACUUCCGGGAUCGGAAACUGUACUGCAAACAAGACUACCAACAGCUCUUCGCGGCCAAGUGCAGCGGCUGCAUGGAGAAGAUCGCCCCCACUGAGUUUGUGAUGCGGGCGCUGGAGUGCGUGUACCACCUGGGCUGCUUCUGCUGCUGCGUGUGUGAGCGGCAGCUACGGAAGGGCGACGAGUUUGUGCUCAAGGAGGGCCAGCUACUGUGCAAGGGUGACUACGAGAAGGAGAAGGACCUGCUCAGCUCCGUGAGCCCCGACGAGUCCGACUCCGUGAAGAGCGAGGACGAAGAUGGGGACAUGAAGCCGGCCAAGGGACAGGGCAGCCAGAGUAAGGGCAGUGGGGACGACGGGAAGGACCCGCGGAGGCCCAAACGACCCCGGACCAUCCUCACGACGCAGCAGCGAAGAGCCUUCAAGGCCUCCUUCGAGGUCUCCUCCAAGCCCUGCCGGAAGGUCCGAGAGACGCUGGCGGCAGAGACAGGCCUCAGCGUGCGUGUGGUCCAGGUCUGGUUUCAGAACCAAAGAGCAAAGAUGAAGAAGCUGGCACGGCGGCACCAGCAGCAACAGGAGCAGCAGAACUCGCAGCGGCUGGGCCAGGAGGUCCUGUCGAGUCGCAUGGAGGGCAUGAUGGCCUCCUACACGCCGCUGGCCCCGCCGCAGCAGCAGAUCGUGGCCAUGGAGCAGAGCCCCUACGGCAGCAGUGACCCUUUCCAGCAGGGCCUCACGCCGCCCCAAAUGCCAGGUGACCACAUGAACCCCUAUGGGAACGACUCCAUCUUCCACGACAUCGACAGUGAUACCUCCUUAACCAGCCUCAGCGACUGCUUCCUCGGCUCCUCGGAUGUGGGCUCCCUGCAGGCCCGCGUGGGGAACCCCAUCGACAGGCUCUACUCCAUGCAGAGUUCCUACUUCGCCUCCUGAGAGCCAGCCGGGCCGCACGGACGCUUGGGCGAGGGCCCUGGGGUGGGACUGCAGGCCGCAGAGGCUGCCUCGCCACCCGCACAGACUCUACAGACAGCCAUACGGUGCCCUCCCCUCAGCCAACUGGGCCUGGCUAAAGUGCCCACUGGGCACAGCCAGACAGGCAGACGGGCACAGCCUGGGCAGGGGCUGUGUCCUGCCCACAGAGACUGUCACCCCCAGGGACCCAGAGCUCUCGGACAGCCACUCAUCUCCCAGCCCCACCUCGGCCUCCAUCACCUCCUUCCCCCUCCCCACCUCUUUUAUGGGAAGCUUAAAUUCUCUCUAUUUUUUUAAAUGUCCUCUCUCUGUCCAGGCCACCUCCAUGGCAUGGGCCUAGGUCGAGGCAGGGCCCCCGUGCAUGCCCCCAGACGAUGGUGUGAGAAGCGUGUGUACCUGUGCCCUGCACUGUGCCCACCUCCCCCGCCUCUGAGGGCAGGCCUGCCAGCCUAGGAUCACCCCUUGCAGCUGGAGCCUGGAACAGGAGUAGGGAAAAGUCUGGCAGGUGGGCCAAGCCCACCACAGCUCUGCCCUGAGGGGGAAUCAUGGGGGGACCAGGGACGGGUAGGUUGAGCCCAGGCUGACUCAAAGGGAUGGAGACAUACAUGCAAAUGCACAUACUUAAAGGCACACCCAUGUGGAAACACACACAGAUAUAUGGACAUGCUGAAAGAGACAGACAGGCCUCUGCGGGUCAGCCCUGCCCUGUCAGGAAGGGGGAAGAGGCCAGACAGGGGCAGGGAGUCCGAUAGCAAUAGGAGGGGAGGGAGGAAGCGAGGAGGUUAAGGUGAGCUUGAAGCACGUGGACACAGAUGUAUCUUAGCCUCUGCCCAGAUGGGGGCUGCCUGGGCAGAGACAGAGGCCGCAGAACCAGGUAGGAUCAGACUAAAUGGCAGAACCUCCAGGCGGAAAAGCAUCUCAAAAGUCACCCACUUGGCACUCCAUAGGAUGUUUGGUUCCUGCCCAAGCCACUUCUGCCUCUCCUCGCAUACCUCCAGUGACUUCAUCGGGCCCCAAGUCAGCUGCCUUUUCUGCUGAUUUCACCUCUGCCCUAUUCAGCCCUGAGUCCUCGCUUCUCAAAGCCAGGCUUUUCCAGCUGCUCCAGCUCUUCCUUUUAAACUGUACCGCCCAGCCUGGCUCCAGCUUUCCCUUUAAAGGUAUGGAACAGAUAGAUCCCAGUCUUCCCACUGUCAUCAGCCAGCCAAAGUGAGCAGGUCAAUCAUCUCCCCCACUUUAGGCACCCUGCCUCUGUUAAUGUGGCCUGAGAUCCAGUGAAUGGUUUAGGGCACAUAACCUUGGAAACUCACCCUGCCCUUUUGUAACCAGAGCCCCUGACCCUGACACAUGUGUGACAGCUAAGCCACAACUCUCUUCUGUGUGUGUGUGGAGGGGGCACUUAUUGGUCCCUGGAGAUCCAGUGAAGGACCUUGACUUUUUUCUUGUUACGUUUCCUCUUAUUUGAUUCAGUCCAGCCUGUGGAGUUUCUCUGCACCCCAACUCUGUGACCACUGGUUUGUUCUCUCUCCUCAGCACAUCUGCCGAUGUAAGGAGUCGGCCCUGUGUGUCUCACCCAAGGCAUGUGGACCAUUUUGUCAAACGCCCUGCUAGGAGCCAGAUACUGUAUCAACCUCUGCCCCCAAUCUACCCAACUCUAACCCUGUCAAAAGAGGAAGUGAGGCCAGGCUGAUGGGCCCUGUUCUCAGUGACCCCUUGCUGGCCCCUGGAGGCCACUGUGUCCUCAGCCAGUGCUCAUGGCUCUGCUUUCCAUUCUAACACUGAGCCCUAGGCUGCAGAAGUCUGCCUGGUCCAGCCUUUGAGCUGAUGGGAUGAUGGGUGUCUCUCCACCCGUCUGGAGAAGGGCCCCUCUGUCUGGCCCUUCCUGGGAUCCUCGAAGUUCACCAACAUCCUCUGUGGUUUUGCUUCUCUGUCCCCUGGGGAGACCUCAGUCCCUCCAGAGCGUCCUAAGCCAACCUCCCCGCCCCUCCUGGGCUUCUGCACUCACGUCUUGCCACGCUCUUCACCAUGGCGGAGCUGUCAGAGCGGAGAUGCGGCUCAGAGUCAGCCCUCAGGCCCAAGCAGCCAGCCUGGCCCUUCUGGGCUCUUCUUGUUCUACACAGAACUUCCACAGGGUCUUAGUUGAUGUCCUGAGUCCUUCUGCAGCCUCAGCCCACCUAGGUCCUGUGCCAUCUCUUGGUCCUGGGUCACCACUGGUCCCUUAGGCAGCCACUCUGGUUUCUUGAGAGAUAGUCCCCUUUCUCCUCAUGCCCACACAGUCGAAUCAUGCCAGGGGCACUUGGGGCAGGUCCAGGGGUAGAUGUUCUCCCCCACCAGUGGGCCUGGCCCUUCUCUCCCAGACUCUUUAAGUUGGAAGGAACCUCAGGAAUGGGUCAAUUAGUCCACCCCUUAUUCUGCAGCUGGGAAAUGUGGGCCAGGAGAGGGGCAGGGACAAGGCCUCUCUCAACUAGUCAGGGACAGAGCUGGAGCAGAGAAUAGGGACACCACGCCAGCUCCUCAUCCCCUGUGUCUGGUGAACGACCUCCAGGUCGGGGGGCAUGACUCGUCUUGGUAAAAUUGCCAUUCUGGGGCCUCAUAAACCCCAACUCCAGCCUGGGCUCUGCCUCUGCCAUUACACUGCUCCCUGCCAGGAGCUGGUACAGGACACCCACGCUGAUAACCCACAGAUUGUCAAAGCAAGAGGGACCUCAGCCCCUCGUGCCAAAGAUGCCCCAUCAGCUAGUUUAGGUAGCACCUUCACUGUACUGCAGCUCACUGCCCCCAGGCUCUGAGGCCCACUCUGUCCAGCCCUGGACUAGGUGUGGGGACACAGAUGCACAAGAUGUAGGCCCCCUCCGCCUUGAGGGGCUCUCUCCUAGGAGGAGAGGCAUACACAUUCCACCCCAAGCCUGUCUGGACAUUGUUGGGGACCCAUUUCUCAGAUGAGGAACCUGAGGCUCAGAGAAGGUCACCCAGCAGAAGCACGCAGAACCAAGCAGGCUUGCUGGGGUCUGGGGCUAGCUGAGAUGGCCAGGCUCUUCCCACUUCGUGUAGGAAGUGCAGCCUUGACAUGAGGUGGGGGGCGUGAGUAGCCAGGACCACCCCCGCCCCUGCCGUGAUAUGGGAUCACCAUCACAUGGUGCCUGGGUGGGAAGCCCAAGGGAAGGGGGAGGUGACAGUCUGGUCUCCGGAGGAAGAGGGAGAAAGUGAGAGGUGGGCAGGGGGAGUGCUGGAGAAAAGCCGAGUCCUGUUUCCCUUUGGGGAAGUUGAGGCUCAGAGAGAGGAAGGAAUAUGCCCCAGGUAACACAGCGAGUGUUACCACCUACCCCAUGGAGCCUUCCAGGGAGGCCACACAGGGGACACUGUGGUUCUAAGGGUCAGACCAUGGGCUCAGCAGAGCCCAGAGAGAAGGGGCCAGUGCCAGUGGGCUGGGCAUCUUGGGAGGCUUCCUGGAGAGGAUGAGGUAGGGGGGUCCACCACGUCCUGAUGAGCAGGGCCCUAGCAGUGAGGCUUGGGGGAAGGAGAACUGGCUGACCCCUGCCUGGGCCCAGCCUGAGCUCUGGGCACCACCUGGGGUGAGAAUCUCAUCUCCCAUCUGGGAGAACCUGCAGCUCUGGGCUCACUCUGCCCCACGGGGAAGGGGGUCCACGCUCACAGGCACGCACACAGACACACUCACACCCAGACACACAUGAAGGCUCACGGACCCACACUCGUAGACAUGCUGCCUGGGGGCCAGGAGAGCAGGAGGGACCCUCCAACGUUUGGCCCUUGGACGGUGCCAUUUCCAAUGGGCCGCUCUGCUGUGCCCCCGCCCCACCAGGGUCCCACAGGAGCUCAGCCCAGCCAGGUGGGGGGACCGGGCCACCGGCCAUUGCUGUUCUCCUUGUACAGACUCUCACUGUCCACCCGCCAUCCCCAGACACAUUUUAUUUAAUAACUUGUCAUUGUUAAAUUAUUUAUUAGCGUUUACCACAUCACCACCCCGCCCUGCCCUCCACUCUCACCUUCUGCCUCUUCCCACAAAAGCAGAAAAUGGAAACAACAAAAAAAGAUGAGACAUCAGUAUAUUUGUAAAUAAACCAACCUGUAC